AUGAACGCAGAGCAGCGCACUGUGUAUGACACUAUAAUGAAUGCAAUUUCUAGGCUGAACGGAGGCUUCUUUUUCCUCGAUGCGCCUGGGGGUACCGGCAAGACUUUCCUGAUAUCACUCAUUCUGGCAACAUUAGGAGCAGAACAUAAAAUUGCGUUAGCGAUCGCCUCGACUGGCAUUGCUGCAACUCUACUCGCUGGAGGCAGAACUGCGCACUCCGCAUUAAAACUACCCCUAAAUCUACAAAUCAAUGAGGCACCAAGCUGCAACAUCAGUAAAAGCUCGGGCAUGGGAAAUAUACUUCGUACAUGUGAGAUCAUCAUAUAUGACGAAUGCUCCAUGACUCAUAGAGAUGCUCUCGAAGCACUGCACAGGACUCUUAAAGAUUUCCGAGGGAAAAACGAGCUUUUCGGUGGAGUUCUAAUUUUGCUAUCUGGCGAUUUCCGUCAAACUUUGCCAGUGAUCCCACGGUCAACGCCAGCGGAUGAGUUGCACGCCUGCUUGAAGUCUUCAGUAUUAUGGCCUUAUGUUCAAAAACUAAGUUUGAAAACCAAUAUGCGAGUACAGUUAAUGAACGAUGCUUCCGUUGGACGAUUUGCGAAACAACUUUUAGAUAUCGGAAAUGGAAAAAUGCCCAUCGAUGAAACAACCAAAUGUAUAACAUUUCCAGUGGAUUUCUGUGAGAUCAUAGCCAGCAAAGACCAGCUCAUAACGAAGGUGUUUCCCGAUAUCGCACAUAAUUACAAAAAUCAUCAUUGUUUGAGCGUUAGAGCAAUCCUUGCUCCAAAAAACCAGGACGUUAACACAAUCAAUUAUAGUAUUCUGGAAUCAAUAGAAAGCGAUGAGAAAACUUACAAAUCAAUCGAUACAGCAACAAAUACUGAUGAGGUGGUAAACUAUCCAACAGAGUUCCUCAACUCACUUGAGUUUUCCGGUUUGUCGUCACAUGUACUAAAAUUGAAAGUAGGGGUUCCUAUCACACUUCUGUGCAAUAUAAAUCCUCCACGACGUUGCAACGGCACUCGGCUAGCAGUAAAAAGGAUGAUGGAUAACAUCAUCGAGGCAACCGUUUUAAAUGGCAGAUACAAAGAAGAGCAUGUUCUACUGCCACGUAUCCCAAUGAUCCCAACGGAUCUUCCAUUCGAUUUUAAGCGGCUGCAGUUCCCGGUACGACUAGCUUUUGCCAUGACAAUAAACAAGGCUCAGGGACAAUCCCUUGAAGUUUUCGGAUUAGAUUUGGAACGACCAUGUUUUUCCCAUGGACAACUUUAUGUCGCUUGCUCUAGCGUUGGAAACCCAAAAACCUAUUUAUUUAUGCGCCAAGCGGAAAAACGAGGAACAUAA